UUAAAGCAACAAAGUUGUCAUGCAUUAUUAUUGUCCUUGAAAAAAAAGAACAAAAGUUUAGGUACAUAAGAUAUUGCAUAGUAAACCCAAGAAGCAAAAAAGAAAAAGAAACAGACCCUUUGAAGGUCUCAUGUUGGAAAGGAUGAGACAUUUGGUUUGUUUUUAUUGAAGAUUUUUGCAAGAGGUGUUUUGUGUUUUUGAAAGAGGAUCAAGGAAGUGAGAGGAAUGUGGUUGCAAAAGAGUCAAUGGGACAAGAAGGAUGGGGUGAAUGGACUAGUGGCAGUGGCAAUAGAUACAGAUAAAGGAAGCCAAAAUGCACUCAAAUGGGCCAUUGAUCAUCUUGUCACAAAAGGCUCAACCAUUGUUCUCAUUCAUGUCAAUAUUAAAACAUCAUCUUCUGCUUCAACCCCAAGGUCAGGGAUGAUGGACCAGUGUUUAGUGGUGGCCAAAGAUAUUGAUGAUCAUAUCAGACAUAUUUUUAAUCCAUAUCGCGUCUUCUGCGCGCGAAAAGAUAUACAGUGCAAGGACAUUGUUCUAGAACAUGGAGAUGUAUCCAAAGCUUUGAUUGAAUAUACUUCUCAAACCGCAGUCGAGCAUUUGGUUAUAGGCUCUUCCAACAAAAAUGGUUUUCUCAAAUUCAAGGUAGCUGAUAUUCCAGGAACGGUAUCGAAAGGUGCACCGGAUUUUUGUACAGUAUAUGUUGUUUCUAAGGGAAAAAUUCAAUCUAUGAGGUCUGCUUCUAGAGCUGCUCCUGCAUUUUCAGCUCUACAAUCUCAACUUAGUCAAUCAAAUGCAAGGUCGGAUGCACCGGACCCUCGUCUUCCGACAGCAACUAAAGCAUUAGCACCUGAGAGGAGGUCAUUUGAAGCACAACCUCGUAGAUCGCAAGAAGCGCCGACCGAUUCAUUCAGGUCGCCGUUUACGAGGAAACGUCCGAAUGAUAAGUCAUAUGGAGAACUUCAAAUGCCUGAUAGUGACAUAUCUUUUGUAAGCUCGGGAAGACCAAGUACAGAUCGUAUGUUCCAUUCGAUAUAUAACCAAAACUACAAUUCAGAGUCAAGUUUUUCAAAUCCUAGGAUAUCAUCGUAUAGUUCUGAUACGGAUGGAAACUAUAGCUUUGAGUCAAUGAAUUAUGGAAGGAGAUCGGUUGAUAUUGGCACUCCUGAUUUCUCGUCUUUCUCGCUUGAUAGCGAUGGAUUAUCUUCUUCUGCGUCGCAAAAUGUGGAUGAUGUGGAAGCUGAAAUGAGGAGAUUGAAAUUGGAGUUAAAGCAAACUAUGGAAAUGUAUAGCACAGCCUGUAAAGAAGCACUCACAGCACAGCAGAAGGCUGUUGAACUUCAAAGAUGGAAAUUAGAGGAAGAAAGGAGAUUGGAGGAGGCAAGAAUGGCCGAAGAAAAUGCAUUGGCUGUAGCAGAAAAGGAAAAGGCGAGAUCGAAAGCAGCAAUUGAGGCUGCUGAAGCACAAAGAAGGAUUGCGGAACUUGAGGCACAAAAGAGAAUUAAUGCAGAAAUGAAAGCUCUAAGAGAAUCAGAAGAGAAAAGAAAAGUAGUUGAUGCUUUGACAAGCAAAGAUGUGAGGUACAGAAGGUAUGCAAUCGAAGAGAUUGAAGCUGCGACGAAUUUUUUCGCGGACUCUCUUAAGAUUGGAGAAGGCGGUUAUGGUCCGGUUUAUAAAUGUCUUCUGGACCAUACACCCGUCGCAGUUAAAGUUCUUCGUCCUGACGCACAACAAGGAAGGUCGCAGUUUCAACGAGAAGUUGAGGUAUUGAGUUGCAUAAGGCAUCCAAACAUGGUUCUCCUCCUCGGAGCCUGUCCAGAAUACGGCUGCCUAGUUUACGAGUACAUGGCGAACGGAAGUUUGGACGAUUGUCUCUUUUGUAAAGGAAACACUAUACCACUACCUUGGCAGCUAAGGUUCAAAAUUGCAGCUGAAAUAGGCACAGGCUUGCUCUUCCUCCACCAAACAAAGCCCGAGCCAUUAGUCCAUCGAGACCUUAAACCAGCAAACAUCUUACUCGACCGCAACUACGUCUCAAAGAUAAGCGACGUUGGUUUAGCAAGACUAGUUCCACCGUCCGUAGCAGACAACGUGACGCAAUAUCGAAUGACGUCGGCUGCGGGAACAUUCUGCUACAUAGAUCCUGAGUACCAACAGACAGGAAUGUUGGGAGUGAAAUCUGACAUAUACUCGCUCGGGAUAAUUUUCUUGCAAAUUUUGACGGCUCGACCACCAAUGGGAUUGACACAUCAUGUUGGUAGAUCAAUCGAGAAAGGAACAUUCGGCGAGAUGUUGGAUCCAAGAGUCACAGAUUGGCCAGUUGAAGAGGCAAUGGGAUUUGCUAAGUUGGCUAUAAAAUGUGCUGAGUUAAGGAGAAAAGAUAGACCUGAUCUUGGUAAAGAAGUUUUGCCUGAAUUAGAUAGAUUAAGAGAACUUGCUGAAACUAAUGAGCAUCAUUCAUUUUUUAGUGGAUUUAGAAGUUCUUCUACUCAGAGCCAAGUCUCUCUUCAAAUGGAUAGUUUAAGUUCUCCACUUCCUUAUUCUGGGGAGAGUACAAGAAAUACAUCAAGUCCUCUUUGAUAGGUC